GCUGAAAUUUCAAUUUUUAAGUUAAACUCGAUCGCUGGCAGAUAAAUAGAUUGGGGAGAAAUUUUAUUAAGUUUUUAGGGAUUUGUUUGUGGAACCCAGAUUCUUUAUUACUAUAAAAGUUUAACCCUAAUUUUCUCAACAAAAAAAAUUCCCCAAUUUAUUUUUUCAAUCACAAACAAUUCAGUAAUAGUUUAUUGGUUCUUUCCUUUUAAUUUAUUUUUGAAUUGAACCGGGUGGUUCAAUCUUAUACAUAAGGUCCAAUGGCUGGUGGCUCUGAUGCGGCGGAGACGCUUUCAUGUGCUCGUUGUAGCAAUCCUGCUAGCCUUCAGUGUCCUAAGUGUGUGGAGUUAAAGCUUCCUCGUGAAGGUGCUGCCUUCUGCACUCAGGAUUGUUUCAAGGCUUCUUGGAGCUCACACAAGCCAGUUCAUUUGAAGGCAAAGCUGUCUUCACUUGGUACAGAUGGUGCUGGUGGACAAAACUCUGAUUUAGCUAGUGAGGAUUGGCUAUAUUGCUUGAGGAAAGGACAAAGUCGGACUCCGAAACUUCCUCCUUUUAAUUGGACUGGGUCACUUAGACCAUAUCCCAUAUCUGUCAAGCGUAAUGUACCUGCUCACAUUGAUAAGCCUGAUUGGGCUAAUGAUGGAGUUCCAAAGGUUGAGCCGAACAGUGAUUGGCAACAUCGUGUUGAGAUCAAGACUCCUGAUCAAAUUGAGAGAAUGCGAGAAACAUGUCGUAUUGCAAGGGAGGUUUUGGAUGCAGCUGCUCGAAUGAUCCGUCCUGGUGUAACAACAGAUGAAAUUGAUCGAGUGGUUCAUGAGGCUACUGUUGCUGCAGGAGCUUAUCCAUCACCUCUCAAUUAUCAUUUCUUCCCAAAGUCUUGUUGCACGUCAGUUAAUGAAGUUAUAUGCCAUGGGAUUCCUGAUGCAAGGAAACUGGAAGACGGUGAUAUUAUAAAUGUUGAUGUGACUGUUUACUAUAAAGGUGUUCAUGGCGAUUUAAACGAAACAUAUUUUGUGGGAAACGUAGAUGAAGCAUCUCGUAAGCUGGUACAGUGUACAUACGAGUGCUUAGAUAAAGCAAUAUCUAUUGUUAAGCCUGGAGUGAGGUUUCGUGAUGUUGGAGAAGUUAUUAAUCGCCAUGCUUCAAUGUCAGGGUUAUCUGUGGUGAAAUCAUAUUGUGGCCAUGGUAUUGGAGAGUUGUUCCACUGUGCCCCAAAUAUUCCCCAUUAUGGAAGAAAUAAAGCCGUUGGGGUAAUGAAAGCUGGACAGACUUUUACAAUUGAACCAAUGAUUAAUGCAGGCGUUUGGCGUGAUCAAAUGUGGCCUGAUGGGUGGACUGCUGUGACAGCAGACGGCAAACGCAGCGCUCAGUUUGAGCAUACUCUUUUGGUAACAGAAACUGGGGUCGAAGUUCUUACGGCUCGGCUACCAUCAUCGCCGGACGUGUUUCCUUGGUCAAACAAGUAAUCUAAUCUCAAUUGUCCCAUAAAAUAAUAGAACCCCAAGUUAAGUUAAAAUCUAUACAUUAUACUUAUGGGCAAGAGAUUAUGCAGUGUACCCAAUUUGGGGUACUCUUCGACCCUUUUUUGUUGAAUGAGAGAAGAACCAUACCAUUUUCAAUUUAAGCUUUUAAUGGCAAGUUUUUAGUGUGUGAUCAUGUGUAAAAUGGAUUCAUUCCCCCCUAGUUUUCUGUUUGUAACAAAGGAUGAUCAUAAUUUGGAUGAUGAUGAUUUGACGUUUGUAGACCAUUAUAAAUUUUUCAGUUCUUUUCUACAUUAAUCAAGUUAGUUCACCUCACA